AUGUCAGGAGUGCUGGGCCUCUGGGUUGCUGAACGGGGCUCGGACGGCAGGGAGUACAGCAUCGGCGUGUACGAGGCCCCGCUGGACGCGCCUCAGCGGAACCGCAGAGACGAAGGCGACCUCCACUGGCUUGACGGAGGAGCCCGGUGGGCCCCGCACGAGUCGCGCAACCGGAACGAGCCGAGGAUGACGCACGGCGGGCCCGUCAUGUGCCCGUGCAUCGGCAGCUACAGUUGGCACGGCGAGCAUGAAAUGGACACGAUGCGGGACACGACGAGGAAGUAUCGUCUGAACGGGGGGCGCGGAGCUUUAACCGGGAGUUUCCACUGCUGGGGUUGUGGACGCAUUCGGUUCGGUGACAGCUGGCACUGCAAGAGGCACGAGAUCGACUUCUGCAUGGAGUGUCGAGGCAGUUUCGGGAGGGACUACCUCCCGAGCAUGUUCUUCGAGAUGCGUUUGUCUGCGAAAGGCUGGAGUACGAACUUGGUGCACGAGUUCGAGGACAUGCACCUGCCCGUCGUCUACGAUUUCCUGCACUUCAAGAUCAACCCCGAGGAGAUCAAGACGAGCUUCGAUGGUACCACUCCACGCAGGUCGCCUUCUGAGCGGGAUCGGAGGAUCAGAGAGUUGCGCGACGCAGCUCGAGAGGCCGAAGCCCUAGCGACAGGCGGGGCGGACGUCAAAGGAGGACAGAAAACGAAUACCGAGAAGGGCUCAAAAGGAAGGAGCGCCGCGGAGAAGGCGCAGGCCCAGGUGCGAGGCAAAGGCAAGCACCCGCGCGGGGGCGAACAGAAGCCGAAGGCCUCACCCCGUGGGACCGUAGGCAGAGCGAUGUCGCCCCUACCGACGCGGAAGGGAAGGCGGCGUUUGCCGACCUACCUCGAGCACCUGACGCCGGAAGAUGGCACUAUCGACGUCCUGAACUGGUGGAACCUGCUCGACAGGUACACCCAAAGGAAGCUGGACUACAUUCUCAAGGACGGCCGCGACGGGUGUAUGACCCACUGGAACUGGUGGGGCGCGGCAGGCUACCUGGCGACCCAGCUCCUAAGGCACGGCAAGAGAGGGAACUACGACCAGAGUCCCCAGGACUUCGUCAAGAACUGCCCCGAUAUCAGGCGCUGCUGGAAGAGUUUCGACGAAGAUGUGUGGAUGAAGGUUUCGGACAUGGUCCAGUUCCCGAACCUGAAGACCAUCGGGAUGCAGGAGAAGGACCUGGUCGAUUACGUCAAAGCUCUUCGAUUCAGCGACGACGUCAAGCUCGACAGGAAGCGAAUGGACGUCAAACAAGUGGAUGGCGUCUGGCAUGCCCGAGCAGUCCACGGCCAUUCGCAGGAGGCCAUGGAGAGCGCGGGAGUCCGUGGGGACGAGGGCGUACUGGGCCUUUACUACGUGCCGCCGAGGGUGCAGGAGUUCCUCUACUUCGGAUUCGCAGCGGUCAACGCGGACGACAUACGCCGCGAUGGGAUUCUCUGCGGCGGGGCGCAACAGUACCGCGCAUCGAUCCACGCGACGAUCACAGUGAACGGGAUCUAUGACGAUCGCUCGGGACAGGCGUACCAGGGCACGAAGGGUAACGCCUAUGCCGUGAUCGACAUUCACCGGAUGCUGAAGUACUAUACCGCGAAUGGGAAGGCCAUCCCGCUCUACAUGAACAAGAACGGGGCGAGAAGCAGCUGCAGCAAGGGCGGCCACGAGAUCCGGCGCAGCGCCGGCAGCCGCGCCGGCAGCGGCGGCGAGACCCGCCGCGGGGGCCGCAGCAGCUGUGAGGCGAUCGACCUUGCGGAAGUUUUGACGCUGAAGGACGUUUACAAUGACCCUGAGAAGUUUGCCCGACCGGAGGUGUACCGAGGGAUCACUUACGAGGUGGGGUACAUGCAUGGGCUGUACUGCAUCGCUCACAUGCGCACGAAGGACUUCGAGACGAUCGUGUCCAUCUCGACCAGCCCCGUCACCGAUUGCACUACGGGUGCCAUCGUGAACGCCGCGAACGAAGUCUGCCUGGGUGGCGUGGGCGUGGACGGAGCGGUGAACGAGCUGGGUGGACAAGAUCUCUUGCGAGCGCGCCGAGCUCUGCCGAUCGUUGGCAGAAGCAAUGGCAGAGAUAUCAGAUGCCGUACCGGAAGGGCGGUGGCGACCAGUGCGGGCAACUUGCCGUGCACCUACGUGAUUCACGCCGUCGGCCCAGACCUCAGGGACUCCUGGUACAAACAUCGAGAAGGCAAGUACCGCGCGAUGAAGGAUCUGAUCAAUGCUUACAAGUACGCCCUGAGACGAGCUCAGGAGAAGAGAGUUCGGGUGGUUGCGUUCAGCCUGAUCUCUGCGGGCCGCUUCAAGGGCGUGAUGACCGGGAGUCAGACCAUCGGCGUCGGCUUGAUGGCGAUCGCCGACUACGCGUAUGAUGACUUGCAGCAGGUAUUCUUCUGCGCUUAUAAGGAGGACGAGGUGGCUGAGGUCCUCGAGAACUGUGACGAGUUCGUUCGAUGGAAACCCACUCCCGUCCCGACUGACCGGCCGGCACCGAGCGACGUCGCGAGGAGAGUCGAGCUUACCGAGGAGGACCCGACCCAAAGGCGGGGAGUACCGGCAGAGCAGGACGCCUCUACCCCGGCCGUCGACGAGAACAGGAACAGGAAGAAGAGGACCAUCGUCACCGUCAUAGAUGCGGACGGCGUCCAAGCGAUCGUACCUGAAAGGAAGCGGAACGUCGUCCCGGAGACGGCCCUGACUCAGCACAUCAUUCGGGCAGAAGGGUUCUACCACAACGUCAUGGAUGAGGAGGAUCCAGAGGAGCUCAGAAAGUUUGAAAGCCGACUGAGAAGAGGGGCUGAGCAGGAGCAGCUGAAGAAGGCACUCCACGAUCAGGACCGCCAACUCCAUCGGGCCCUGAUGAGGGCCAACGACAUCGAAGAAGUGCUGAACAACCAGAACAUUAUCAGGGCCCUUCGAUCCACCGAGAUAUCGGACACCGACGACGCCAGAAUGGUGGCGCUGAACGGCUCACACAGCGCAUCCUCUGCGUCGGCAUUAGCAGAAGUUGAGCAGGGGGCGAGUGAGGCUGCAGAGAGCCAUCCAGCUCAUAUCAUCACCGAAGACACCUCCGUGCACUCGACGUUCAAGCACGCAUUUUUCUUUGAGAUCAUGGAACAUUUCUUGAAGGCUAUUGAGGACAAGCGUCAGGAAUUGGGAAGAUAUGGAGACCAGAAUGACCCAAUACUGAGAAAAGUCAGCCGCAAGACCAUCGACGACGAAGAAAGGGUUUCUUCGGGUCGAGAAUUAGAUCCGGAAAUGCCGGACAGGGACACCGAGGUUCCAGGAGGCAUCAGCGAGGACGAGAUCGCGAUGUACGCGGCCGGCAACUUCUCAGGAUUGGCUGAGCUGUGGCAGACCCAAUGGCUGCCUUGCAAUCCAGGACUUGAACCGGUCGCUGCAGUCCUGACCAGGCUGAGCGCGCGCAAGGACCGGUACGAGGAGGAGAUCCGACGAGCUAUCAAGGAAGAGCCGUGCGGAGACCCCGUCACGGAAGCGGAUGCUUUCGCGGGACUCGGCAAAGUGGUCAAGAAUAUCGUCCGCAAGUACAAGCGCCUCUGGCAGGAGACGAAGGACGACGACGCGACCGGCGAGGACAGCAGCCUGCGGAGGCGGUUCCUCGAGCUCGGAGUCUCGGCGACGGCCGCAUGGGCGGAUAAGAUCGCGAAAGGUACCGGCCACCCCAUCCCGGACAUCAAGGAGGCGUCCGAAGCUGCGGCAAGCAUCGAACAUGGUUUCGCGGAAGGCGCUCGGGACGGACCGCUCUUUGCUUGCAAAGGCGACGCGCAGCUUGCGGAGCAGAUCAGCGAGGAGAUCACCAGGCGCAUCAACCCCAGCGACGCACCAGGAUGA